UUUAAAAUAUAUUGUAAAAUAGGCGUAUAUUGUGCCUUAAAAAUUAAAAAUUUAUUUACAAAACAAAACCAAAAGAAAAAUAUACUCAAUUAAAUUUUUAAAAAUAUUAAUUUAAUAAUGGCAUUACGUUGGGGUAUUGUUGGUGUCGGUCAAAUAUCUCAUGAUUUUUGUACAGCACUAUCAGCACCAGGUUUUGAAAAUGAUCAAAUUAAACAUUCUGUAAUUGCUGUUGGUAGUAGAAAUUUGGAUAGAUCAAAAGAAUUUGCUCAACGUCAUAAUAUUAAAAAUUAUUAUGGAACAUAUGAUGAAGUUGCACAAAAUAGUGAUGUUGAAAUUGUUUAUGUUGCAAAUUUAAAUAAUUUACAUAUUGAAACUUGUUUGAAAAUGUUACAAUAUGGUAAACAUAUUUUAUGUGAAAAACCAUUAUGUAUGAAUUAUCAAGAAGCUUAUAAAGUUAUAAAAAUGGCCGAAAAGAAAAAUUUAUUUAUAAUGGAAGGUGUAUGGUCAAGAUUUUUUCCAGUUUAUGAAUAUUUAAGAAAUUUAUUGAAAAAUGAUAAAGAUUUAUCAGUUAAAGAAGUUUUUAUUAAACAUGGUUUUAAAGGUGAUAAUGUUGAUCGAGUUAGUAAAAAAGAUCUUGGUGGUGGUAUCAUUUUGGAUAUUGGUGUUUAUGCAAUACAAUGUGCUUUAAUGAUAUUUGGAAAUAUUUCACCAAGAAGUAUAAUUGUAAAAAAUUCAAAAAUAAAUUCUGAUGGUGUUGAUAUGUUUGUUGAAUUUGAUUUAAAAUUUGAUGAAACAAAAGUUGCACAUAUAAUUUGUUCUGGUUUAGAACAAUUGGAAAAUAAAGCUGUAAUUGUGACUAAUAAAGGUGUUAUUACGAUUCCAACAUAUUGGUGUCCAACAGAGAUUAUAAAUUAUGAUAAUGAUGUUAAAAAAUUUCCAAUUCCAGAACUUGUUGAAGGCAAUUAUGUACAUUUUAUAAAUAGUUUAGGAUUACGUUAUGAAGCUGAUGCCGUUUAUAAUUGUAUACGUUCAGGAAAGCUUUCAAGUGAUAUCAUACCACCAAAAGAUUCAUUAUUAAUAGCACAAAUUCAAGAUGAAAUCAGAAAACAAAUUAAUUGAUAAUGAAAUAUUGAAUUGAUAACAAAUAUAAUUAAAAUAAGAAAGAGUUUAUAAGAAUGCGUUCAUAAAUGAAUCAAGAAUUUUAUAAUUAUUAUUAUGGAAUAAAAGCAAAAUAAAUGUUCUAUUUUUCACUUCUAUACUUAUUAAAUUUCA